AUGGAGAGGUCGACUUCCAUUUCCCUCGUGGAUAACACCGUCCCACAGCAACCCACCGGUGAAGGACCUCCACCGGGCACAUCAACUCAUCACCACAAAAGCCUGACGAAGCACUUGAGCCGUGCAUCCGUCCACAGCCAGCUCGCAAAACGGAAAUAUGCAAAAUGGCAACCGGAUAGACUUGGCAUUAAGCCCGACACGAACGACUCGCUUAGCCGAGAAUCGUCCCAGGUGCGCGGAGACUCGAUAUCAGCAAGCUCCACCGGAGAAGCCAGCGGGACCGGAGAUAUUGAGACAGCUGACAUUGCCCCGUCGCGAGUCUCGACUAAUAAUGGGAGCGGCAACGGCAGUGGCCAGGCGACCGGAAUAGGAGACCAAUCCAACGGCCAUGAGGACACCAAAUCCCGCUCAGAGAUGGACGUUCUCUACGAGAACCAGCGGGGCUGGUUCGCUUUUGGUAUCCCACAUUACUCGCACAGCUCACUGUUGAACUUUGAUCCCAGCCCCUGGAUGACUCGGGACCGCAGAGUCAGUCCUGUUAAUAUCACAAAUGCCCAGCUGCCUGAUCCGAGCUGGGAGUGGACGUGGAAGACAUGGUAUGUCGACAUGUCUGGUGAUACCGAUGAGCAAGGGUGGCAGUACUCUUUUUCGUUUGCCUCGUCUUCGUGGCAUGGCACGCAGCUGUGGUUCCAUUCGUUUGUUCGAAGGAGACGGUGGGUGAGACUACGGACUAAGGCCCAUCCACGGCGAAAUCGUGAUCGCUCGGACUUCGAGAAAGCCCACAUGCUUAAUGAGGACUAUUUUACCAUUCAUUCGUCCAAGGCCAGAAGUCGGGAGCAAAGCACCGCAGGACUGUCCCGGGUGGACACUGGAUUCUUGACUCAUGCUAGCGCGACGGUCGAUGAGGAGUCAGAUGUCGAUGAGAUUGCGGAUAUACCUAGUUUGAUGCAUGCUUUGAAAUUAGCCUCCAUUGAUCGAGAGAGGAUUGAUGCACUGAAGAAAUUUAUUGAAGUUGGAGGCGACGAGCUCUAUUAUCUGAACGACAAGAUACCAGAUAUAAUGUCCAUGUUCUUAUUCCAGACCUCACGCUGGCAAUUUGUAACAUAUCUUUCUGAUGUCAUUCGCGGGCUCUCCAAAACUCCCACUGAUUCUGAUAAAGACGCCGAUGCAGUCCAACGCAAGAAAGACAAUCUCGCCCGUGCCGCAGAAUCCUGCAAGCAUCACAUUACCGGGCCGGAUUUCUUUAAAGAUGAUCAUGGGGAGUCAGGAACGGAAUUGUUAGACUUGACUCCGGUGGCCAGGCAUGAUACACUAAUGGCUAAGCGACCGGUCUUGAAGGAGCGUGUGAGGUCGAUGAAACGGAUUUUCAAGGGCAUUCCCAAGGCCGCUGAGAUUGGCCAUGAAGGACACAUUUAUUAA